AUGGAGAUUAUUUGCGCCGGCUUUUCGAAAACUUCGUCGAAGAGUUGUUCUUCUUGUCUAAGGACUCUUGGGUACAAAGUUGCCGAUUAUUUCGAAACCUGUCAGUUUCUUUCGGACAUCUGGCUCGAUUACUUGGAAGGAAGGUGUUCAAUUCAUAAAGUCAUCGAUGAAUACAAGAAAUACGGCUUUCAAGCUAAUCAAGACUUUCCCGGCAACAUGUACUGGGAAGAACUGUACCACGCUUCCCCAAAUGCAAAAGUCAUCAUAACCAUUCGAGACAACGCCGAAGUCUGGCACCAGAGCCAGUUCAAUUUCAUGCGUCAAGAAUUUCAGCGCCUCGGAAAUCCAGGUUUUUGGCUUUAUCAACGCUUCACGAACUUUGGUUGGACAAGCCCCAGGAUGAAUAAUAUACGAAAAAUUUUCCAGAUUGUUUCGAACGAAAAAUUUUUCCGGACAAAUGAGCCGGUAAAAUGGUCUCCUGCUGAUUGGAAAAUGUUCACGUGGCAGCAGCAGCUUGAAUACAUGAAACCCUAUUGGGAGGCUGAAAAGGACAAAUAUGAAGCCCAAAUUCGACGAGUCAAGAAAGUUGUCCCAGAAGAUCGACUUCUUGUUUGGAAUAUCAAAGAAGGAUGGGAGCCACUUUGCAAAUUUCUUGGAAAACCCGUCCCUGACUUCCCUAUCCCAGAAACAGAAGGUAAACCAGAAAUGGACCAGGAGCUGUUCAACCAUGAGACCGAAUUGAUGGAAAAAGAACAAGAAAUCAAGGCUUUGCAAGAUCAAAAAGACCAACUUAUUAAACAACGACAAGCUGACGCAGAAGUGGAAGCGAUCGUGAUUUCCGAGCAGAUUGAUGAGCUACUCAAGAAGAAGAAAGAGAUCGAAGCUCAAGCAGCUGCGAGCUGUGCAUAUGGAAAAGAAGUCGUCGGACUGAUCGCUUCAGAUGAAAUCAACGGAAAAAUCGAAGAAUUCGAAACGCGAAACUUUGCCCGAGGCGUGUACUUUCACAAAGAUUUCAAACCAGAGGGCAAUUUCAUGGACGACGUGGCUAUGAUCGAACUUGAACGGGAUUUUCAGCUGACUGAGAAGCUUCAACCAGCGUGUUUGCCGGAAACGGACGUGGAUUACACUGGAAUGCAGUGCUUUAUUGCUUUGGUUUUUCGAUUGCUUUUAGAAAAACAAGAAUAA